UAAUUAGUGUUGGUAGUACGUUGGUAUCACAGUAUCGUUGUAUCGUGCUAUCUCCAUGCACAGCCGUGUUCAGCUUCUGCGACAAACAGCCACAGCCACACUCCGAGCCAACACUACUAGCCCAGUAAUUAUUUCAGUAAACGCGUUUGCGGCGCAAUUUACGGAACGUCGUCAUUGUGAUCGUCAUCAUUAUUUUGUAAGCGCGUCCGUGGAGGCCCAAUUUCGAGUAGCCCACAACCAGCCAUCGUCAUCAUCCAGCACCGAGUUGUGAGUUUUGUGCGAAUUGAAUUAAGUAAAUUACAGCAGCAGCAACAACAGUCACAGUUAAUAAAAUAAGAAGUUGUGAACAAACAACUGGAGCAUACGCUUUUGGCUGACCAAUUUUAUAACUAGCGGCUACGCAACAAUUUCGGUCAAAGCUUGUAAUUAUUGAGAAUAUUGAUUAGUGCAUUUGUGCUUUUGAAACUCCGUUUUGAUGUGCGAACAAUUUAAUUUGAAAUAGCAGAAAAUGUGUAGAAUGAAUUGUGUGCUUCAGAAUAAAAGUACGCAAAACUAAGAAAAGCAAGUGAAAGAAAAUUGACUCAAAACAGAAGGCAAAAUAAAGGAGUCCGUAAUAAUAACGCCCACUACGACGGCGUACGGGGAGCUAUAAUCAUAGUGCGAAGUUAACAAGUGUAAAGUGUGCCAUAAUGAAGAAGAGCGAAUAAGUGUAAAACUUAAUAAAUAAUAGACGAAAGCAAAGUAAAAUAAAGACACGUGAGAGCAAUGACAUUUAUAAUAAAAAAGAUAAAAAUCAAACGUUUACAGUUUAAAAUAAGACAAGACAAAUACUAAGUGUAUACACUAAACACUUAAGAGAAGAGUGAGACCCCAUAUUAGGCAACUAAUAUAAUUUGUAUAAAAUAUAUAAAAAUGAUUGACGCUGCGUGCAAUUAUUUGAAUCCCUACACAACCGCCUCGCUCGCUGCUGCCGCCGCCACAAUGCCGUCCAUCGGCAGCAAUCAUCAUCACCUCCAACAGCAACAGCAACAGCCCGGUGCUACAUCGUUGUCGGCAGCCGCUGCAGCAGCAGCCACAAUUACACAAACUGCGACACAUUUUUCAACAUUGGCAGGCCAAGUUAGUCACAGCAGCAGCAACAGCAACACACAUCUCGGCGGGUUCGCAACAAGCGCCAGCAAUUUCACUUCACUUUAUGGACAGAAAUCAGCAACAGCCGCAUCAUCAACAGACGCUUGUACGGCACUUGCCAUGAAAAUGGAAAUGCAAUAUCCGCCACAAUCAUCCUCUACCGGCACGGCUUCGCCCAUAUCGAGUCAACAUUCGGGACCUUCAUCGGCGUCUGUUUCGCCAACCAGCAUAUUUCCAUCGCCCGCCCAGUCAUUUGCAUCGAUUUCCUCGAGUCCGCCUGCAUCGGCAACCUCAUCGUCGGUGUCGCCACUUUCCGGCUCACCGACCACCGCCCAAGCGGUGGCUGCACAUGCUAGCGCCGCUGCGGCAGCCGUAGCCGCUGCAUCAAAUACGGAUUUAGGUGCAGCUGCGGCUGCGAGUGCAGCCUAUUCGUGGAACACCUAUUCGGCGGCAGCCGCGUUGCCUGCACGCACACAAUUUCCGUACGCCCAAUACGCCUCGGAUUACUACGGCAACGUAGGCAUGAGUGCUUCGGCCGCAGCCGCCGGCGCCUGGUUCACGCACCAGGAUCGUCUUUAUCAGCCCUGGUCGAGUCAGGCGUAUCCCAGCUUCAACUUUGACGACAUCGCCUUCCAGACACAACUGCAGCGUCGCUCAGUGCGUUGCACAUGUCCCAAUUGUGCUAACGAAAUGUCCGGUUUGCCACCAAUUGUGGGUCCUGAUGAGCGUGGACGCAAACAACAUAUUUGUCAUAUACCCGGCUGUGAGCGUCUCUACGGCAAAGCCUCACAUUUGAAGACACAUUUGCGUUGGCAUACCGGUGAGCGGCCAUUCUUGUGUCUGACCUGCGGCAAGCGCUUUUCGCGGUCAGAUGAGUUACAACGUCAUGGACGUACGCAUACCAAUUAUCGUCCUUAUGCAUGUCCGAUCUGCUCGAAGAAAUUCUCGCGCAGCGAUCACUUGAGCAAGCACAAAAAGACACACUUUAAAGACAAGAAGAGCAAGAAAGCGCUUGCAGCAGAAGCUAAACAGCAAUCAGCCGCAGCAAAGCCAGAGAAAGUCCAGGAUAAUCAACAGGAAAAGACAACGGCGCAUAGCAGCAGUCUAAAUAAUUCCAAAUCUUCGGUUGCAAGUCAGUCUAGUGUUUCGUCCGCCACAAAUAUAAUCACCAACAAUAACAACAAUAAUAGCACGACGAAACCGCUUGCCGCUUCAGUCACAGCCGCGUCCAGACUCGCUGCUCCCACAGCGACGCCAACACAACUGCAAAUGAAGACCGAACAACCAGACGCAAUGAGCGGCUAUAACGCUUAUUCGAAUUUGUACCACCAAAGCACAUCGCUCUUCCAUCAUACGCAUUCGCUUUCUAGCGCUGGCCUCUAUAGCGGCGGUUUGCAACAACAUACCGGCUCACAACAACAGCAACAGUCCGUAACUUCCAAUUCCUCCGUGUCCUUAUCCUCACCCUUGUCGAGCAGCACUUCGUUCGACUUGUGGAACAGCCAUACAAGCAAUCAGCAGCAGCAGCAACAGCAUCAACAACAACAAAUUAGUCGCAGUGCCAUAUUACAGCAACAGUCAAUGCAGGGCAGUCCUGCCAGCAACAACAACAACACAAAUACUGAAACUACCUCAACAGCUGCAACGCCUAACCUCCAGCAACAACAACAACAACAGCCACAACACAUGCAGUCGAGUUUAUCGACCACAGGAACGAGUAGCCAACAUUAUGCCGCGCUUGCAAUGCAAAGUGAGUCCCAAUUGGCCGCCGAGUACGGGCUCACGAUGAGUUCGCCCGGUGACUCUAACGGUUCUAGUUCGCCUGUGAAUCACCACCUACAACACACCACCACAUCACACACAUAUCCUGGUCUGCUGCACAUGAAAUCCGAGUACACCACCUAUCCGGAUUUCAGCGCGAGUGCGGGCUACGCCAGCGCCGGCGCUUUCCACCACCACGCGCACAAUCCUUGGGCGACAGCAGCCGCAUAUCAGCAUUCACAUGCCACCGCCUAAGCACUGAUGUUGACAAAUCAAUCCAUAGAAUCUGAAACGGUUCCAGAUUGCUGCUUAUUAUAUUUAAGUACAUCGAUUGUUUUGUUUUUUAUUUGUUCAAUAUAGUUGAGAUUAUAUGUAUACAAAAUAUCUGCGUUACAAAGUGGCUUUUCGUUGUUGUUGUCUAAGUUUAACUAACAUUAUUAAGGUUUUAUUAUUGUAUAAU